AUGGGCGCGUUACUUUCCUCCAUCCUUGCGCCUAUCGCCCUACCGCUGGGCUCAUUUUUGGCCAUUCCUAUGCUAUCCUCAUGGUCGACAGGCCUAAACCUCAUCUUCCUCUCGGUCGCAUGGACGACAAUCGCCGCAUCUUAUUCUCCUCUUCAGCUUGAGCUAGUUGCGCCCCUAGUAAUUCGGCUAUCUCUCUACAUCAUACCCAGCCUGAUCUUCUUGCUAUUCGAUAUUGGGUUACCAAGUCUAGCAAUCGAGUUCAAGUCCCAGGGACAAUGGGGUAUCCCAAACAAUCAAAAGGGUGGCGCACGCGCAGUGAGAAGGGUGAUUGCGUGGAGCUGUGCAAAUGUGCUGCUCAGUGUGGCGUUGCAAGCGGGUAUUGAGUUCUUGAUCACAGACGUACUGCAGAUGAGGAGUCUGCUACUCAUCAAAGGCAGUCGAUGGGGGCUGAAUCACCUGCCAAACCCAUGGACGAUGGUCAAACAUGGCAUUAUCGGACUCUUAUCUCGUAACGUUUUGCAAUACUAUAUCCACACACAUCUGCUGCACUCUCCGACCGGCGGUGCACUCUCCGACUUGCAUCAGAGCUGGCACCACAGCAUCAGGAUCCCCUACUCCUUUGCCGCAAACUACGACCACCCCAUCUGCCACCUCCUGCACCGCUUCCUACCUCUAUACCUUCCAGCGAUUGCUCUGCGGAUGCAUAUCCUCACUUACUUGAUCCUAAUAGCUAUCUUCAGUCUAGAAGAGACCUUCGUGUACUCUGGGUACAAUGUCCUACCCUCAACCAUCAUGCUGCGAGGCAUGGCACGACGCGCCGAUGCGCACAUGAUGAGUGAAGGAGAGGGUAAUUACGGAUGCAUGGGUGUUUUGGACUGGUGCCACGGGACAACAAUUGGUAAGGAUGUCGUUGAGGACCUGAAGGCGGAGAUGGAGAAGCACAACGUGGAGGAGAAGGCGGGGAAAGCUAUAGAUGGCGCGGGGGAAGCGGCGAACGGACUGGCGGGGAAGUUUGGCAGGGCUAGGAAAGGAAGGGGAAAGAAGUAA